GAGAGCUCUGAGGCGUCACUGGGAGCUCCUUUAGAUUAAACUCGCCUCCCCGGUCUCCCCCCUCUCCCCCUCCUUCAGAGCCAUUUAAACCUCUCUGGGGCUUUAACAGAAACGUGCUCCCAAGACCUGCAUUUCAUUCUGCCACUAAUAUGAGCGCCGGCCGGCCGUGCCCGGAGCCGGACUUCGCCGGGGGCUCGGGCUGCGCCUGCCCCUGGUCCGCCCCCGCCGGUGUUUCCACGGAGACCUGGGCCGCCGUCUGCGCCGCGGAGCCGCCGCACAGCCAGGGCCGGCGGGAGGCUCGGCCGCCGGGCCAGCUCUGCAGCCCGCAGCUCGGGGCACAGGACGCGGCGUGGCAGGGAGACCAGCUGUCCUCCCAGCUCUACAGAAACAAGCAGCUUCAAGAUACUUUGCUUCAGAAGGAAGAGGAACUUGCUAGGUUACAUGAAGAAAAUAAUAACCUCCGACAAUACCUGAAUUCUGCCCUGAUUAAGUGUUUAGAAGAAAAAGCCAAGAAACUACUGUCUGGCCAUGGGCAAAAAACCUGUGCUAUCCUCAAAAGUACCAAGAGGAGAUUAAAAGAGGACCACUGCUUUGUUCCUGAAGAUGCUCCUCAUGCUUCCAAAGCUAGAAGGAACCUCUUUAAUGAAUUCACUGCCUGUGAAGAGCAAGCCAGCCCUGCUGUGGACAGCUGGGUCUUGCAGACUUUAGGAUUAAAAGACGUGAACACCAUUGAUGAAGCUUCAGCUAACUACAGUGCCCUGUCCCCAGACCUCAGAAAAGACACGUACUGCCUGAGCCCUGGGGGAGCAGUGGACUAUGAGCACAGGGAAGGAGCAGCAGCAGUGUUUAGCUGCAGCCAUGUGCCUCCAGCCAGCAGCAGCACCCAUCCCUCCAGCGAGGAUUCUCCCUUCCUCCCUGAGUUUUCCUCAGUACCCUGCAUCUCCUCGCCAAGUGUUUCCUCCCUCCCAACCUAUGGGUUGCCUUAUUUGACUGGUGGUUUGUCACCCAACAAAACUGAAGUGGCCUUCACGACGUCGCUGAGUCCGCACCGCAACGUGAGAACACACAGCUUCCACCAAGGACAGGCCUUUGUGCGCAGGGACGACGAGGGGGGAUGGAGAUUCACCUGGGUGCCCAAGCAGCCUGAGUGAUGCUCCGGAGCAAGGGCCAGCCACAGGGGAUGUAGGAGUCACACUUCACCUUGUGCAUGGGACAGGUUCAGACAGAAAAAAGGACCCCUUUGGGGGUUCUUUAAAUCCUACUCUCUCACUAGCCCACUCCUCAUUCCCUCACAGAUUUUCACAGAUGUGACUCCAGAUUGCACUUGGCCAAUUUUCUGCUGCAGAUGUUCAAACUGGAUUCCUUUCUCUUGUGCCUGGGUUGAGAUACCUGCUUUUACUUGUUUUACCUGCCUGGGUUUUUGACAUCAGCUCUUCCUUGUUACUGGUAGUUUCCAGGCUGGAGGGCUUUCACCUUUAAUGAUCACUGUCACAUGCACCAAACUGGAAACCACUUUGGGAAUACACCUCACUCACAGAUAUCCACAGAUAACAAAGGAGGCAUAGGUUGGAGGCUGAGGAACAGCAGUUUCUAAGAGAUUUAUGACUCUCUUGACUACACAGAUUGCCUUGGAUUUAACAAGUACCCAUGGUUGCCUUAGGUGCUGCACAAGGCUGACCUACCUGCAGUUCCAUGGUGCUGUCACAUUCUUUGAUGAUGCCUCAAAAUAAAAACAGGAUUUCCAUCUAAAGGAAAAGAUGCCUGGAGGCUGCUUAGUUACAAGUGAUUUGGCAAGUGCAGUAGGUCUUCCUACAGAGUGAUUAAGUGACUGAUGUGUUUACUAAUAUGUUGUAAAGGUAUUUUGUCUGUCAAUAAAGGGAGUUUACAUUUGGAGAGGCAGUUUCCCUUAGUGGUUGGAGUGGGUCUUUGGGAACCACACCCUUCAAUGUCAGCUCCUGCCUCUCUGUGUCUGCAAGACUGUGAUGGGCUGAGGGUAAGAACAGCACUACUUUGAGAGUGCUUUAAAACUCUCUGAGAGAAGGUCACUGGCAUCGAGAAAGGACUUAAGUAAAAAUAACCAAAAUUGAUGAUUUUCUUCCAAUGGCUUAAUUUCCUAUAGAAAACUGGAUAUUCCUCUAUUUUUAGAGGAUAAAAGUAUUUCCUAAAAGCCUGUUGUGCCUUAGAAUUGCAAUAUUUGAGACACUCCAUCAGGAGCAGUAAUGAUUUCCCAAAGGACUUCUAAAUAAACAUACUUUUAAACAAACCCAAAAUUUCACGAUAGUAAAGUAACUAUGGCAGACUUCCAGAAUAGGCAACUCGAAAGCAUUGAUUGUUUAUGAAUGAAGGCAUUAUUUCACUGGAUUAAAAAGCCAACCACGCUAAAAAAAAAAAAACCCACCACAAAUCUGUACAACAACCUCUGCAAAAGAAAACCAUGACAAAAACUCAGUAAAACCCAAAAAACCCAAACCAAGCAGUGCUCAUAGAAUAAAUAAAAGUAUUUGUUCAGGA